AUGCCUGCGUUGCGGAAUCAACAAAUGCCAUCUCGAUCUGGCCGUUGUGAGUGCAUGUGUCGACGAAUUGGAAAUAGCAAAGAGCGCCCUCAUUUCGACAUAAUAUCACGAUACAUGUGCUCGAGAGUCAAAGCUCAUAUAUCCACUUUACCUCACUCCGAAAUAUCACCAUCAGUUGCCAGCCAUUGCCUUGCUUUCCAGCCCGCAGGUAGGAUGGAAGCCAUCAAUUCCUGCCCUUCACCAAAAGAGCUCAACUUCGAGGAGUUGGAGCUUAUGGUACAGUGGUGUACAACAACACAUCGCUCCAUCGCACACAGCGAUGCCGCUGAGUGUAUCUGGCACGCCGUUAUCCCCCGAGAGGCGAUGCAUCAUCCAUUCUUAAUGCAUGGUAUUCUCGCACUGUCAGCGCUUCAUCUAGCCUUCACUAGCAGUGGUGGUAUGAAGGAACGCUACUUGAUGACUGCUCUGUCUCACCGGAGUCAGGCCCGUGUCGGCCUUACUAAGGUGCAGGAUAAUCUUAAUGAGUCUAAUACUAACGCAGUGUUUGCGCUAUUCAAUAUAUUAAUUGUAUUUGCAUUCGCCCUUCCUUUGACGAUGGAGCCACUUAAAGACCAAACGCCCUUGGAUGAGCUUUGUGAGGUAUUCCGGCUCACAAAAACGUGGGCCGGUACCAUAACAGCCCUCAUAGAACGGGUCGGAGAUGGGGAAAUGAAACAAUUAGUUGAAUAUGAUGAUUCACCACCGCGAAUGCCUGACACUUCACGGGUCGCGAUUAUGGCGCUAUGCAGAAUGAAUGCGACCUUGACCAGGCAGAACCCAAAGCAUGAACACGACAUCUAUAGUGCCGCCAUCAAACACUUGGGGGACUCGUUGGAUAAGCUUGCACGAGGUGGAGAGUUCAUGAUCAUUGCAUUCCAAUGGAUCUUGCAGUUUCCACCUCGAUUCGUCGACUUGCUUAGGGAACGAGAGCCGUUUGCUUUAAUCAUACUCGCUCAUUUCGCUGUGAUCCUCCAUUCCCUAAGAGGCCACUGGUGGAUGGGUGAAUGGGCAGCCCGGCUGAUCAGUCAAAUUAGCCAACAGCUCGGUUCUGAAUCCAAACAGUCAAUUGGCUGGGUCCUCGACGCUACGGGUUGCUAUAUUCCACCAUUAUGA